AUGCUACUUGACGGUUAUUAUCAUCUAUGUCAAGCUAUUUUAUGUACAGUGCGAAUUGUAUCACAGCGGAUUCAAUUUACAUAUACAUCUCGACAUACAUAUGGCUUAGCUCGAGUUGGUGUGGUUGGUGAAUUAGUUGCCUUCAUUAGUUUUUUUUCAUUAUCUAUUUCGGUUUUUCUCGAAAGUAUUAAACAUCUUGUCGAUGUUAUUUUCGUAAUACCCAAACGAGAAACGAAUAGUUCAACAUUAUUUACUGCUCAUGGACAUGAGCAUAUACACAGUCUUAUUGAUCAUCCAAGAUUUAUUCUUAGUGUUGGUAUCUAUGCAACUCUUUCCAAUUGUUUAUUAGGUGUAGCAAUACUUUAUGCUGUUAUGAAAAGUUCACAUGCAUUCAAUAAACAAAUGAGACAAAGACGACCAAGCCUUCAUCAACCAUUACCAAAAAAAUUAUUAUCUGAUUCAUUGCUUAUUACAGAUACAUUACCUAUUCAACACUCGUUUCUACAAGUAUUAAAUAUGUUACUUGGUCCAUUAGCUAUAUUAGCAUGUGGUAUUUUAUUGAUAAUGCUAUCAGAAAAACAUCAAGUUCGCGUUAUGUACAGUCGUCUUGUUGAUCCAAUUAUUUGUUGUUUUCUUUUUCUUUCAUAUCUUAUUAUGAUUUCUGUUCCAAUUCGAGAUGUCAUACAUCUUGUUUUACAAGCUAAACCAUAUGGACUUAAAUCGGAUGACAUUGAAACAUCAGUUAUAGCUUCUGUUCCAGGUGUUGUAAAACUUCAUGAACUUCAUAUAUGGCGUUUAACACCUCAGAAAACAUUAGCAACUGUUCAUGUAGUUUUUAAUACAACCGAAAAUAUUUUAACUAAAUAUCGAGAUAUUAAUUACAUAUUUGAAAUGCAUCAUAUUGAUCAUGUGACAAUUCAACCAGAAUUUGCACUGGGUCCGGAUGAAGCUGACAAACUUGAUUGUCGAUAUCAAUGUUGUGAACAAUCAAAAGCGAUAGUACCUAAUAAAUCUGUGUCUAUAACACCACGAAAUUCACAUUUUCAUCGUCGUAGUAGUGUUGGUUUGCCUGCAGCAGAUAGUGAUAGUGAAUUAGAUCGAGAAACUCCUUUGAUGAACAAUUCAAGUAGUAUUAUUUCUUCCGCAUCAACAGCAAACCCUUCAACAGUUAUUGCUAUUCAUGAUAAAAAUUAG